AUGUUAUUAGGAAGUAAUGUAUUUGCUAAUUUCACAUUACUAUUUAUUUUACAAACUGGUGAGGACUUCGUCCAAGUUCGUAAUUUGAUGGGAACAUCACAGAUAACUUAUUUGCCAUAUAAAUUAAAACGUUCUUAUAUCAAUAAGGUUGAACAAUGUAACCCAAAUGAUUUAGAAUUAGAUAAUUAUCAACUUUAUUUUGUGCCGUCAAAAAAAGAAGAAUUCAUAGAUUAUACAUAUUGGUCAAAUAUUUAUAAAUCGUUACCACCUGUUGAACAUUAUUUUGAGACAAAUUUAAAACAAACAAAAUUAAUGGUAUUAGGACAACAAAAAGAAAUGUCGAUAAAUUCAAUUGAUGAUCCAUUUGUUUAUAUAUAUUCACAAAUUUUACAACCACGGGGUAAGGGUGAUUCAGCGGCACUGAGACAAAACUGGGAACAAUUAUUACAAAUAAUAAUAAAAUCAAGCUCAACAAUUGCACAUCAAAUUGGUAAAAGAGCAUUCUGUAUUAACGAGGCUUUAGAUUAUUGUCCAGGAAAAGGAGGAAAAAGCCGAACAGCAUCGUCUAGCAAAGUUACUAAAAAGAAAAGUGAUGAUUAUAGCGUUUACACAUGUUGCAUGGAAUGUCAAAAGACAAGUGGAUGUAUGGCUUACUCGUUUCAACAUGGCAGACCAGCUUGUUGUUCAAUUUUACAAGAAUAUGGAACAGAGAAAGAUUGCAAUGAUUGUACAGCUGGCACAAUGACAAAGGAUGAAUCUUUAAUGGAAGUUUAUUUACGUCUUGAUGAUUCGAUAUGUGUUAAAAGUACAAUCUACGAUAUAUUCGAUGAUGUUCAAACUCUCUUUUACACACCAAAAUUUGAAGAUUUAUUUUCAAAUUAUUCUGAACCGAAAGCGGGAUGGUUACGUUUUUCUAAUGAUUCAUCAUCGAUUCAUUCAACCGAGAUGUUUUGUUUGUAUGCAUGUCGUAAUUAUCUCUACGCUGUGUUUCAACAACAAAAUCAAUGUCGAUGUUUGACACGUCAUUUUCAACAAACGAAACAAUUAUCAACAAAUUCUUGUACGGAAGCUUGUGAACCUGGUCUAAUACAUGAAAAUAAAUUGUGUGGUAAAUAUAAAUCGACAUUAAGAUUAAUACCAAAUCAAUUUGAUAAAACAAAAGAAAUAUUGAUGAAACAUGAACAAUGGAGGAGUGAUCAGUCGUCGACAGAUGAUGCCAUACAAAUUGCUUGCUUUGAAGCAAACGAUGAACAUUCACAAAUAAAAAUUGACAAUACAACCAUUGAUUUUCAUAAUGAUACAAGAUAUGUUAGUGAUUGUUCAGAAAAAUGUAAACAUCGACGGUAUUUUACGAUAAAAAACGUUCAAGAAUGUUGGUGUUAUGAGGAUUUUUUAGAACAUGGUAGUCGAUUAAUCAAAAUAGAUCGAGAUGAUAUGGCGUAUAUGCCAUGUUUAGGUAAAACCCAUAAUCCAUAUAUAUAUGGACCGUGGUUUGAAGCGUGUGCUGUUGCAUCAGUGAAAACAGGAAAACAUGGACUGUGUCUAUAUCUAAAUCUCAAGAAUAUAUCAUUAAUAGAAGCUGGUUGCUAUGAAGAAAGUACAAAAUUCAAAUUGCAAGAGUUCCCAAUCAAAAAAGAAGGCAUUGAAUAUAUAGAUAUGAGUACUAUACCGAGAGAUCUCAAUAGUCCACUAUAUCCACAAUAUCCUGGAUAUUAUGCUGUACCAGCAUAUUGGAGAGAAAACACACCAACUUCAUACACAAAAGAUAAUUAUUAUGUUAAACAUCCGUUUCUUACUUAUUCUGGAAUCGAUUCAAUCCCACGUCUUCUAUUUCAAACAUGUAUGAGAUAUUGUUUUUUUCAAAAAACGCCACUAUUUGCUAUAAGAGAAGAAAAUGGAAAAAUGGUAUGCUCAUGUGGUCAAGAAACAGAAAGAUGGUCAAAAAAUGUAGCUGAGCAUACUUGUACGUGCACAGAAAGAUGUAUCGACUAUCCACAACUAAAAUGUGGAGGAUGUUUUUCCAAAUCAUUUGUUGACCGUAGUGGAGAGUGGCCUCAGUUGCCAAUUGAUAAACGUUUAGGUGGCCUCUUCACUUGUUCAACGCGUGAAAAUGAAAUUAUAUCUAUAGAAGAAGCAGUGGAUUCGUGUAAAUUAUCAUGUCAAAAACGGGGAUAUUAUUAUGUGGCUGUUUAUGCUCGGCAAUGUCACUGUGGAAAUGAAUUUUAUGAUUUCGAACCUCAAACGUAUGCUCAAGAUAUCGAAUGUCGUCCUCCACAGUUAGUUAUACAAACACACUAUGAAGCACCCUACAUCAUUCAAGGAUUAACCGAUAUGCGUAAUCAAGGAAAAUAUUGUAUUGGAGAAGAGAAUGUCUGUAUCUUUCGACGAAAACAUGCCAAAUUAGAAUGUGUUAGUAACGUAACUAUCCGAGACCAGAUUGAUAAAAUUAAUGCAAGUUGCGAUUUAAGAGAAGAGGUAUUGCAUGGAUUUAACCUGGAACAGUUUCUAAUCGAAAUGAACUUGACCGCGCAUGAUUUGCAUUAUUUCAACUACGAAACAGAUUGGUUGAGUAUGGCUCAUUACGAAACAAAUUUGUUUGCUUAUCUAAAUCCAAAGGAAAUUUUGCCAAGAUUGGGUUACAUCGAUACAAUAAUAAAAACAGAAGGCAGUUUCUUUGAACAAGCAUGCGAUAUUCCCAAAUGGAUUGAUAAAGUUAUCACAAUGUACAAACAACAUCGACGCCUUGUCGAACCAAUGAUACACCCACGGAAAAGGCGAGAUCUCUUUGGUAAUGUGACUGUUAUGAACUCAUCUAUUGUAUUCCGUCCUUUGAUCUACGUCAACAAUAAUUAUUUGUUGCAUGACUAUAACUCUGUACGAACAAUAUUCUCGGAUAAACUCAUGAUCUCAUCUGUCGAUUGGUCACAUGCUGGUAUUUAUGAAUGUCGACAAUUAAUGUCGAAUGGUAUUACAUAUAGAUGGCCGUUCUUGUUGAGUAUUCUCUAUAAACCACAAUGGAUAGAGCUAAAUAAAGAGAAGAAUGUGGCAGUGAAAGUGGGAAGCAAUUAUGAGUUAAAUUGUGAUGUAAGAGGGCAUCCUGUACCAACCAUCAAGUGGUAUUUUAAACAUGACAUUCACGGAACUCGUCUCGCCAAAGAGUGGCACGAAAUUCAGUCAAGUGGCUAUUAUUAUCGAAUUCUUGACGCUCAAUAUUCUCACAGUGGUUUAUAUCGUUGCAAUCUGGAAUCGAAAUAUUUGUCUAAUAAAUUAUCACGCGAAUUUAUUGUUACAAUCUAUGAUUAUUAUCCACAAGAACCCCAACUACUCGCUCGUGAAUUCAUAAAUCCUAUUCAAAAAUGGAUUGGUCAAUCAUUGAUGCGCGUAUGUCUUGUUCAAUCAACACACAAUCAUCCAUUUUUCCUACAAACACGAUUUCAUCCUAGACAUCCUCGAUAUGCAAGACGAUGGGUAUCAACAAAUAACAUGAUCAAUAUUACGACAGUGGAUUUUACCCAUGAGGGGAUUUAUUCAUGCGAAGCAACGAAUUCAUACUCCACAAAAGUAUGGAAUUUUACCGUUCACGUUUAUGCUAAAGAACUAUGA